UUUCUAGCUUAGUGCCUUCAAGCAAACCUGCAGCGGCGCCUUCUUAAAGCCUAAGCGGUAUCUCCUUACUUAUGGUGCUAACUCUGUCUCUCCUCUCUCUUCCAGGGAGCAUACGUCACCUGUUGUCCUACUCACUCUCCUCCUGUCUGUGUCCCUGACCAGUCAUGCCUCACACUCAGAAGAGUAAUCUCUGUGUACGUGAGAAACGCCAGCAGAAACAAGGUGAGACCAAGGUUCUCAGGGGUGCUCAGGCCAUGGCAACAGCAAAAGAAAAGUUUCCCUCCUCUUCAGCUCCUCCUUUUGGGUGUACUACCCAGAGAAAGCCUGGUGCUAAGUCACGUAGCACUCUGCAGGGCCCUCAGAGAGCCCUGUCCACCCGCACUACUUCUCCAGGGGCUUCACGUACAAGAUCUUAUGCAGGUGCCAAGAGCAAAGGUAAGAAAAGGCGAAGUUCCUCCCAGGACCAACCAUCCACUAAGCGGUCCCGCAGAGACCCUCUAACUGAGAAGGUGGGUACACUGGUGCAGUUCCUGGUGCAAAAGUAUAAAAUGAAAAAGCUCGUCAUGAAGAAAGACAUGCUGAAGAUUGUCAACAAAAAGUACAAGAAACGCUUCCUCGAGAUCCUCAGGAGAGCUUCUUUUAGCAUGGAGGUGGUCUUUGGCAUCGCCUUAAAGGAAAUCGACUCCAUCAAGCACUCCUAUGCCCUUGUGAGCAAAAUGGACCUCCCUAACAAUGGGAGGCUGAAUUGUGGCAGGGGGUUGCCAAAAACUGGUCUCCUGAUGAUUCUCCUGGGUGUGAUCUUCAUGAAGGGCAACUGCGCCAGUGAGGAGAAGAUCUGGGAAUUCCUGAAUAAGAUGAAAAUUUUUGCAGGGAAGAGGCACUUCAUGUUUGGGGAGCCUAGGAAACUCAUCACCCAAGAUUUUGUGAAGCUAAAGUACCUGGAGUACCGACAGGUGCCCAACAGCGAUCCUCCAAGCUAUGAAUUUCUCUGGGGUCCCAGAGCCCAUGCUGAAACCAGCAAGAUGAAAAUCCUGGAGUUUUUGGCCAAGAUCAAUGAUACCGUGCCAAGUGCUCUCCCAUCCUUGUAUGAAGAGGCCUUGAGAGAUGAGGAAGAGAGAGCCAGAGCCACAGUUCCAGACCGGGCUGAUCCUACUGCUAUGGCCAGUGUAUGGACACACAUCACCUACCCUCCUCCCACACUCCUGCCCACUGUCCUUGACCAGAAACGUCAGGCCACGUGGUCAGAAGAAGCUCCCCUGCUGCUCACAUUCCCAAGGGGCCUCAGAGAGCCCCAUCCACGAACACUGCUGCUGCAGGUGCUGCGUGUACAAGAGCUAAUGGGAAACGGGCUUCGUAAAAAUGGACUCCUGAGGCCUCUCCUGGGUGUGAUCUACAGGAAUGGCAACCGGGCCACUGUGGUAGAGAUCUGGAAAUUGCUGAAUGUGCUGGGGAUCUACGAUAGGUGGGGACAUUUCAUUGAUGGGGAGCCCAGGAAGCUCCUCACCAAAGAUUUGGUGCAGGAAAAGUACCUGGAGUACCAGCAGGUACCCAACAGUGAUCCUCCAUCCUAUGAAUUCCUGAAGUGCCGGAAAGUUGCCGCCCCUGAUCUGGGGGUCGCGGCUCAUCAUCAGAGGAGGGUGGAGGCUCAGGACUGGUCAGGAGUCCAGGUGGGGAACCUGAACCCUCGAGGCCAGCAGAACGACUUCGGCCUGGAGAGUCUCGGGGAUGACGGGCGGACCUUGGUCCAAGGAAGCACCCCAGUUCUCAAGAGGGAGGAGACCUAG